AUGCAACUCUUCAAGCAUCCAAACAAGAAGAAGAAACUGACCAUGAACAGAUUGGUGAUAAUGGCCCCGGAAUCUCCUGUUUUCUUCCCUUCUCCACUUGUUUUUUCUCCGACAUCGGUCAAAACGCCGUCGUCUUCACCUCGUUCAACACCACCGAAGCUGACAAUGAUAGCCUGUCCUCCAAGGAAGGCGAAAGAGACGACUACGUGUCCUGAUUCCGACACGGUUUUGAAAAGAAAACGACCACCUAUGCUUGACCUGAAGUUGCCUCCGGCGGUUGUACCGUGGUGUAGUACGACGGUGAAGACGCCGGAAAAAGGGGAUGAGGUUGUUGAAGUAGAGGAAGAUGGAGUCUACUCUGUUUAUUGCAAGAGAGGAAGACGUGGACCAAUGGAAGAUCGGUACUUCGCGGCGGUUGAUCCCGACGAAAGAGUACGCAAAAAGGCUUUCUUCGGCGUUUUCGACGGUCACGGCGGAUCCAAGGCGGCGGAGUUCGCGGCGGCGAAUCUCGGUAACAACAUCGAGGCGGCGAUGGCGGCGGCGGAGAAAUCGGGAGAAGAAGGUUGUUCCAUUGAGAGAGCGAUAAGAGAGGGUUACGUAAAAACGGACGAGGAGUUCUUGAAAGAAGGCUGGAGAGGUGGCGCGUGUUGUGUAACCGCUAUUAUAUCGAACGGCGAGCUUGCGGUUUCGAACGCCGGAGAUUGCCGGGCGGUUAUAAGCCGCGGUGGGGUUGCGGAAGCACUUACUACCGAUCACAAUCCUGGUCAAGCAGAUGAGUUCAAAAGGAUUGAAGCAUUGGGUGGUUAUGUUGAUUGCUGCAAUGGCAUAUGGAGAAUUCAAGGAACAUUAGCGGUCUCACGAGGAAUUGGAGACCGGUAUCUCAAGGAGUGGGUGAUAGCUGAACCGGAAACUAGAACAUUACGGAUCCAACCGGAAUUUGAGUUCUUGAUCUUAGCAUCUGACGGCCUUUGGGAUAAAGUAACGAAUCAGGAGGCGGUUGAUGUGGUUCGACCGUACUGUUUAGGCAUGGAGAAUCCAAAGACACUUCUUGCUUGCAAGAAACUAGCGGAGCUAUCGUGUAAGAGAGGGUCCCUGGAUGAUAUUAGUCUAAUCAUAAUUCAGUUACAACAGUUUGUGCUAUGAUUCAUUAAACAUCUAGUAUUAAGCUAAACUUGAUUAAAAUCAUUAGGUCUUAAGUUAUUGACAGUUUUGUUCGGUAUUUACAUGUAAAUACAAGUUUCAGGCAUUGGUAACAAAUUUUUUAGUCUUGGA